AUGAACCGCCAAGAAAGCGUCCCAGACUAGUCAGAGCUCUCAAUGGGGAAUAUGUGAAACAAGUUUUUUAUAAUUCGCAAGAGAUACCGUUUACUGAACAAGUAGAAUGGUCCAAAAAUGUUUUCAAUGAUUCCAAUAAUCACCCAAUAAUAAUUGAUAAUGGACAAUAUAGUUUAGGCGCAUCAGAAUUUUCGAAAUUUAUCACAUCGGGUACUUUUGUAGAUAAAUCGCUCUUUAUAAUGGAAUUUAUUAUUUAUGGAAAUCAGGCCAAUUUGAUUACUCGCCCUCGUCAGUUUGGCAAAUCUACAAAUCUAUCAAUGCUUCAUACUUUUCUUUCACCGACAUUCUCUGAGCAGGAAAGGAAAUCCAGACUUGAACUGUUUCAAAGGCUUAAAAUUUCUCAAUUCGAUUGGUUUAUUAAAUUAUACUUUGGAAAUUGGCCUGUUAUCCAUGUUAGUUUCAAGGAUCUUGAUAGUAAAUCCUGGAUUACAAUGCUUAACGGCAUCAAAGAUCGAAUAUCAGAUCUUUAUAAGCAACAUAGUUAUAUUCUUGAUAGUAAGGAGUUUUUAUCAGUUGAAAAGGACGACUUUAGAAAGAUUUUGAAGGGAACAAAAAGCAGGUCGCAUUUAAUUAACUCUCUUAGUAGUCUAGCACGUUAUCUUAAUACAUACUUUCAUAUAAGCUCCAUUGUUCUCAUUGAUGAAUACGACUGGCCAAUGGAACAUGCAGGAAAUUUUUAUGAAGAAGCAGACUCCUUCUUUCGACCAAUGUACUCAAGCGUGGCAAAGGACAAUCAAUAUGUACAUAAGAUCCUGUUUGUUGGGCUCCUUCCGCUAGGCCAAGCAAGCUUCCUUUCUGGGCUCAAUAAUGUAGUGGAAUAUCCAAUGCAUAAAUCACCGAAUCAUGCUCUUUUCUCAGGUACAUUUGGAUUUACCGAAUUGGAAGUUAGUUUUCUGCUAAAAGAAAAAGAAUUGACCAAUAAACUCGAUGAUCUGCACUUCCACUAUAAUGGAUAUAAAACGAGUACUGGUGUUCACAUUUACAACCCACACUCGGUUAUAUCGUAUCUAUAUAACAACAAUAUUAUUGAUGAUUAUUGGAUCAAUGGUCCGGCAACCACACUUAUAAAAUACUUGAAAAAAUGUGGACCAGAUAUUAAAGAACUGCUUGACAAUGUUUUAUCCUCUUACUCGGCAGAUAGUAAUAUAUCCGUUAAUGUAGAACUUCAGAAGACUCUCCGAUACGACAUCCUUGAUAAGGAACCAAAGAUAAACGCAAUAUAUACCUUGCUGUAUUAUAGUGGUUACCUGUCUGUGAAAAGUAUGAAAGGUAAACUAGCUGAACUAGUUAUACCAAAUGAAGAGUUUUGUGAACAAUUUCCAUCGCUUUAUAUGGAUAUGGUAUCCUGUUACGAUAUUGCCGAUUCUAAAAGAACUAAAUUAUAUGAAAAUUGGUACCACUCAUUUAUCCUAGGAACACUUGCUACGUUUCAUGGCAUUGAAUAUCAGGUAUUAUCUAAUCGCGAAACUGGGAACGGACAUCCUGAUGUUCGCAUUAUUCCUCUCAACGAAAAUAAAGACACUUGCAUUAUAUUUAAAUUUAAGCUUGCUAAAUCUGAUGACUGCAAUGAAAUGAAAAGAAGUGUUGAGGAAGGGUUAAAUCAAAUUGUCAAUAAGAACUACCGAGCAAAUGUUCCAGGUCACGUCAAGGUGAUAGUCGAAAUUGCUAUUGCUUUUCAUAAAAAAAGUACUUUUAUCUCUGCCCGCCUCUUAAACCGCAAAAACGAUGGACUUUCAGCGAAUCAUAUCUGGAAAGAGGUUGCCAAAUCAGAGUCUGUUUAG